AUGCCUGAACUUACUGGAAAUCCCAAUUUGCACGAUGUCACUGAAUUCAACGAGGGACUCUCUGGAACCUGCCUCUGUGGAUCAGUGAAAGUUACAAUUCAUGACCGCGAUUUGUUCACCAAAAGGAGGGGUCAUAUAUGCCACUGUGCCAACUGCCGCAAAGUCUCAGGGAGCUUUGCAGCCAGUAACUUCAUCAUCGAGGAGGACAAAGUCGAAAUUGAGGACCAAGAAAAUACCUUGACCAAGUUCCUCGACACCCAAACCAUGAGUGGAACACCGCUUGAGAGAUACUUUUGCUCGCGCUGUGGAAAUCCGAUCAAAUCCGUCACACCUCUCUUAUCACCAAAGGUCGUUUUAAAAAUGGGCUUGUUCCCGAGAAUCCCUGCGCCGGAAUUCGAAACCUUCGCUUUGCACAGACACGAGUGGCAAGGGUCUCACCCUGGCGUCGAUAAAUACAGAAUCAAGGCAUUCGCGGAAAAGAUUUAG